AUCUUACCUUUUCCCUUCACUUUCGCCUACGUUACCUUAUAUACACUGUUUCAUUAUUAACUCGUCCUCUGUGCACUGUUUCUUCCUAUAAUACCCUGCUGAUAAUGUACUUUGCCAUAGCCUAAUGUUGCAGAUUUAGUAUUAUUUGUGCAUGGGCGAUUUUAAUUAGAGAAAUCCAAUUUCACAUAUUCAAUGAAAUGAGUUCAGUGGAAAUGGAUGGGAUGGGGAAAAGGAAGAUGCACGAGUGCGGUGCACAACAGAUAUGGCAGCGCCAGAUUGGGCAAUUACGCCCAAGGGCCUUUGUUCAUCAGAUGUACUCCUCCAAGGAUCUUAUUCAACGCCUUGAUCUCUAUGCCAAGUUGGAGGCACAUAAUGGUUGUGUAAAUACUGUGCACUUCAACCAAACUGGCAAUCUGCUCGUGUCAGGGUCGGAUGAUAAACAAGUUAUAUUCUGGGAUUGGUCUGCUAAAACAUCAGUAUUUUCUUUCCAUUCUGGUCAUGGAAGCAAUGUGUUUCAGGCCAGGAUUAUGCCUUUUAGUGAUGAUCACAGUGUGGUUACUUGCGCUGCAGAUGGGCAGAUAAGACAUGCCCAAAUAAUGGACAAUGGCCGGGUUGACACAAAAAAGCUAGCAAAGCAUAAGGGCCGUACUCAUAAACUUGCCAUAGAACCUGGAAGCCCACACAUAUUUUAUAGCUGUGGUGAAGAUGGAGUUGUCCAACAUUUUGAUUUGCGAAGCCAUUCUGCAACAAAGAUUUUUACUUGCCACACCUUCGGGGGAAAUAAGCUGCAGUCCCCUCCACCUGUAAAACUGAAUGCAAUUGUGAUAGAUCCUACCAAUCCAAAUUAUUUGGCUGUUGGUGGUUCAGAUGAAUAUGCUCGUGUUUAUGACAUUCGAAACUACAAUUGGGAUGCAUCAAGUAAUGAGUUCUGCCCUGUAGAUUCAUUCUCUCCACAACACCUCAUUGGCAAUGAUCAUGUUCAUAUCACAGGUUUGGCUUAUUCAAACCAGGGGGAAUUGCUUGUCUCUUACAAUGAUGAACUUAUUUACUUGUUCCAAAAGGGAAUGGGCUUGGGUUCAAACCCAAAAUUAGUGUCAGUUGAGAAGAGAAAUGAAUCACAAGCUCCACAGGUUUAUAAAGGACACCGGAAUAACCAGACUGUGAAGGGUGUAAAUUUCUUUGGUCCUAACACAGAGUAUGUGGUCAGUGGAUCUGACUGUGGCCGGAUAUUUGUCUGGAAGAAGAAGGGUGGUGAACUUGUGCGUUUGAUGAUAGGUGAUCAAAAUGUGGUUAACUGUCUAGAGCCUCAUCCCUAUGCAAGUAUACUUGCUACAAGUGGUAUUGAGAAAAAUGUCAAAAUAUGGGCACCUACUGCAGAUCAAUUGAUUCCACUACCAGAUAAUGUGGAAGAGAUAAUGGAAGCUAACAGGCGGGGCAGAGAAGAUUGUUCACGUGUUUGCCUUACACCAGACGUGAUUAUGCGUGUGUUAAGGUUGCAAAGACGCCAAUCUCAGCCAAAUGUGGAGAAUAGAUACUCAAGAGCAGAUUUUGAAGAUGAAAAUGAUGAUGAUGAGUAUGUUUUUCUUGACUUGUCUGACAAUGGUAACUCUUCUGAAGAUGCCCACUUAAAUCCUCAAGAGUGCAUUAUUUCCUGAAACUUCUGCACUACUCACUUCCAUGAAGGCCCAGCUGUAAUUAGCUACUGUUCUUUAGAUUGAAGCUUUAAUUUUUUUAACACUGUAGAAGAGUACUACAAAGAAUACUAUGUCAGAUUGAUAAGUAACAGCUAAACCUUCCCUCCUGGAUUUAAAUGAAGGUUUGGAAACUUCAAUCAGAAGUGUUACAUUUUUAAUGUGGUUUUUCUUUGAUAAAAGGUAAUUAGAUAAAUUAUCAAACAAACCCAAGUAUCUUGACAUUGAAAAAAAGCAAACCAAAGCAAAACAAGAAAACACCAACAAGACAUUCUUUCAAUUUAUAUCUUCAAUGAUUGUUGAUUUGAUUAUGUUGGGUUUUGAAUAAGAAUAAUUGGACAUAAUUUGAGGUUUCAA